AUGGAGAAAAACUGGCUGAGGGCACGCAAUAACCAUACAUACGAAAAUGGCCGCCGCUACUACGGCUUCAGGUCCGAAUUCCCCUUCCCGGACGACAGAACCGCCACAGUAGCACACGGCGCGAUCAACGGCAUCUGGCUUAAACUCCUAGACGGCAAAACGUUUAUUGCCCCUAUAGGGCCAGUCAAGAAAACACACAAAUUUCUCGAAUUUGCUACCCGCAGCGGCUCCUGGACGAUUCUGGUGGUGGAAAAAUAUCAUCCUGCCCCGCACAUCACGGGCAUGGACGUGACCCAAAUGUCUGGGGAUCUCCGGUAUUUCGAGAACCACGAGAUUGAAGGGCAGUGGCCUUUUACUCCAAAACAGGCAUUUCAUUUAAUCCAUGCGCAGUCUCUAGGCGGCGUAAUUGCCGACUAUGACGGGUUCUACGCUAAUGCGUUCCGGCAUCUUCUCCCGGGCGGGUGGUUAGAAGUGUGGGAGAACGACUUUCGCUUCUUGACCGACAACCCACAGAAUGAGGCCCGGCUAGUGGCGCUUAGGGAAUGGGAGAUGCUGAUGCAUCAGGCGGCGGCUAAGUUUGGCAAGAGAAUUAACGUAGUAGCAGAGCAGAAGGGCCUGAUGCACUCAGCUGGCUUUGUACAAGUCGAGGAACGGAUAUUCAAGGUCCCCUUUGGUUACUGGAGUGAUAAGCCAAAUCUGAAACUCCUCGGGGCGAAUUAUGUGUUCCUAAUGUCGCGCGCACUGGAGGGAUACACCCUUCGUCUAUUUACUAAGACAUUAGGCUGGUCAAAGGAAGACACCGAUGCCCUUAUCAGUCGGGUGCAGGAGGAACUAAAACAAGAGGAUCUGCGGCUCUAUUCAUACUUCUAUCUCUUUUUGGGGCAGAAGCCCGCAAACGCCCCUCGAAAAUAAUAGGAGGGAAGGUAGAAAU